UUGUACUACUACCUACUCCCAUUCAUUCAUUCGUUCCAUUUCCACCAAGUGACCAAACAAAACAUAGGUGGUGGCGGAAUCUCCGAGGGACUCUCCCUCUCCAUAAAACCUAACCAAACACGAGAAGAGAAGAGAAAAGAAACCGCGCGCUUCAGUUCCGUUUGUUUCACUCUCUCUCCCUCGCUCCCUCUCCCAAACCCUUCCCCAAACGCCUUCAGACUGAGACCCUCGCUCUCUCUUCGCGUCUCUGCCAAACAUGGCAACGCCGACGGCGUCUCUUCCUCUUCCUUCGUUCGCCGAUCUUGGACUCUCUCUCCCUCCUCUUCCUUCAAGUUCCGCCCUCUCUCUUCCCCUUCGCCUCCACACGCCGCCGAGAACACGCUCUUCAAGACUCUCGAACUCGGCGCCUUGUUCGGCCUCUGGUACCUCUUCAACAUCUACUUCAAUAUCUACAACAAGCAGGUUCUAUUCUCUCGCCAGAUCUCUUGUUAA